AUAGAGACAGGUUGGACAAGCACGAGGCUUGAUUUAUAGAGGAGAUUAAACUGUUUUUGCUGAACGUUAAACGUGCUGUCAUGAACAAACUGGACCUGUACCUUUCUCUCCUAAAGCUUUUCGUAUUCAUGUUGUCCUAUUCAAUUCUAAGUUUUUUCAGCAAUGGUCCUGCGUCUACCACUGACAAGCCUCCUCAUUUUCCUCAGGAUGUAUGGGAUCUGUAAAGGAUUUGAACAAGAGAACUGUACCAACCACAAACUCCGGUUUGAGACGGUUUAUUCUGUUCCCGGUGAGGUAGCUAUGCUGACCAGCACCCUCGUGUCUCCAAGUGUCUCCAACUUCACAGAUGUACCUUACAACAUCACCUGGUAUGACUCAAAGGGGAAAGAAAUAAUCAAUCAGACCGGUCGAGUCCUGGUACUCGAGGAGACUCUGUGGUUUCUCAAUACAACACUGGAUGAUAACAAGGAAUAUAUGACCAUCCUAAGGACCCCCUCUGGGUGCCACAAGCAGCGCUUAAAUCUGACCGUAGAGCAACCAGAAGCUGGAAAAUGUGAAAGGCCAAGAAAAACUCAUCAGUUCCUUACGAAGGAUGUCAGCGGCAUGCUGUCCUGCCCUCUGAGGAACUAUACUAACAAACUGAAAAGCUACAACAUCACUUUCUCCAUCAAGUGGUACAGAGGUUGUGAACGAAUAGAGGAUGGGACAGGAGGGUACAGCUUUUUGGAUGACACCAAAAUAAUGAUUCACAAGGCGGGUCCUGAAAAAAACAUUUUUUACACCUGCACAUUGACCUUCACUCUCGCUGGCAUUACUGGAUCUGUGUCAGAGACUAUCAACGCAACGGUCAAAGAGGAGUACUAUUCGGUUCCACAACUGCAGGAACCGGCCAAUGAAACAAUCAGGGCACAGAUAGGCUUCAAUUUCAGCAAGCGGUGUCUGGCAUUUGUGCCUUCUGUUGAGAUUCCCUCGGUUAGUAUUGUGUGGAAGGUGAGAGAAACCUUCAUUGAGAGGAACCAAUUGAAACGUGUCUACACAGGAAAUAAAAGUUGGAGGCAAGAUGGUCCCAACAAAGGUUAUUUCUUCGAGCGCGUUCUGAUGUUUUCGGAGGUGAAGGAGGAAGAUUUCCACAUCAACUACAUUUGUGAAGUGAUAAGUCCCAGUGGCUCACGUCAGGGAUAUUUCACUCUACUACCAGAAGAUCCCAACAUCAUACUACCCAUUGGACUGGUGCUUAGUGGUGUGAUUGUUCUCUUUAUCAGCAGUGUCACCGUCUACUACCUCCUUAAGGUCGACAUCGUCCUGUGGUUCAGGAGAGUGUUUCCCUUUCUUUAUCAAAAUAAAGAUUUGGAUGGUAAGCUCUAUGAUGCCUAUGUGGCACAUCCUCAGCCCUGUGAUGCUGGAUUCGGAAAGGAAGUUGAGAAGUUUGCACUUCAUACACUUCCUGAAGUGUUGGAGAACACCUGUGGCUACCAACUCUUCAUAGCAGGCCGUGACUGUCUGCCUGGGCAGGCCAUAGUGGACUCGGUGGAGGAGAACUUACAAGCCAGUCGCCGUGUCCUUUUGCUCUACACCGCCUCCACCUUCAUCAGCAAAAGACACACAAGCAACAAUCAGAUCUCAAAGAGCAGUGAUAUCAGGGAGAAAAGUGAAAUCAAGACAACAGACAACAUUAUCAACAUGACUAAUCAUGGUGAUAAAGAAGUCUCUUCAGACACAAGGCAGCAGAUUGAGUGUGUGGCAGCGAUGCACAGAGCGCUUCUAGAGGGAUCUCUCAAGGUGGUUCUGGUUGAGUUGGAAGAGAUCACCCCAGCUCAGCUCGCUCUCUUCCCAGAGUCGGUGCGUCAACUAAGGAAGAAGCAAGGUGCUGUGCGUUGGUGGAAGAACUUAGAGAGGAGGCAGAGGUCUGUGACAUGUAACAUGAGGAGGAAAGAAGAUGAAGAGAAAGAUGGACAGGAAACUCCGCUGUCUCCAUCCCUCUCUCCCUCCUCCAGGUUUUGGAAGGAGAUGAGGUAUCAUAUGCCUGUGAGGGGAAAGAAGAGGUGUGUCCGACAGAUGGACAAGAGCGUAGCUGUAAAAAUGUCAAUAACUGUUGACAAACCUUGAGGUCAAGAUUGAGGUAUAAUGUGAACAUAAAAAUGACUGAUUGAACCAAAUAUCAUGUGUUACUAGAGAUUGUACAUACUGUAUGUAUGUGUUAUCUAUUUCUAUAUCACAUAAACACUAUGUGAGGAGAUCCAUA